CACAUUGUAAAGACUUCAGCGGAGAGGUUAUCCUCGUAGUUUACACGGUUUUUUGGGUGUAAAGCAUCGAACGUAACUGAAGAUGCGUGUGUUUGUGUUAUCAUUGCUAUUCGUUGGCAUGGCCUUGGCGGCGCCACAGGGUUACAACUAUCAGCUGAAUGUGAUUCCAUAUGGUAAUGGAGCCUUAACAUAUCCACAAGUGCAGGCCAUACAUCAAUUUGCAAGUCAGCAAGAGCAAUCAGUAACACAACAACAAACCGUUCGUCUUGCUGCGGCAGGAAUACCAGCUACAACUCAGCAUAUAGCACCGGCUGGUGGUAAUGAUGGCUCACAUUUUGCAAACCAGCUUAUACAGUUGGCAAGCUAUGGUCAACAACAGCAAGUACAACAACUACAGCAAGUACAACAACAACAGAAAGUACAACAACAACAGAAAGUACAACAACAACAGCAAGUACAACAACAACAGCAAGUGCAGCAACAGACACUCCCUGAAUCAUUGCCAUUACCGCAACAACCCCAGCUACAGCCACAAGUCCAACAGCAACCGCUACCUCAGAUACAGCAACAACCACCAAUACAACCACAACUUCUACCACAACAACAACCUCUUCCACAAGCUCAACCCCAGCUCAUACUACAACAACAAGCUCCAGCACAACAGCAAUCUCAACCCCAACCACAAGUUGCACAACCACUACCUCAGCCAAUACCACAACCCGAGGUACAACAACCCCAACAAUCAGUGCAGUACCCCUCCGCUCCACUACAACCAAUCCUACAGGCGUCGCAACCAACACACUAUCAUCCUGCACCUGCACCUGCCCCAGCGCACUUACCACAGGCCACAUACUACAAUAAGGAAUUCUAUUAUCUCGCAGCACCGCAAGAAAACUACGAGCUACCCGCCGACUUCGAUGAUCAGUUGAGAAAAAUGAAGAAGAAUCUUCGUAUAGUUUUCAUCAAGGCGCCGGCACAGACUGGUCUUGAAAAGGCCGCACUGCAAUUGGUGAAGGAUGCACAGCAGCCGCAGACCGCCAUUUAUGUGCUGACGAAACAACAUAGUGCCGCCGAGUUGGCUAAAAAGCUGCAACAACAGCCAGGCGCUGCAAAAGAAAAACCCGAAGUCAUCUUUAUCAAGUAUCGUACACGUCACGAGGCGGAACAGGCACAGCGCACAAUUCAAUCUCAAUAUGAAGCUUUGAACGGUCCCAAUCGUUUCAAUUUCGAAAGUGUUGCGAAAACAGAAAAUUUCGUUAGUCCCGCUGCGAUCAUAGAGCCACGUGCGGCUCCUGCACAGGAGAGUGUUGCUCCGCAGCCCGUUGCGACGUCCUCACCUUUGGACUAUUUGCCGCCAGCGCAGUGAAAAUAAAUCAUUUUAUUUCCUAAUUAAUU